AUGACCUCCACAACAACCCUCAAGGGCGACCGUUUCGACCGCCAGCUCUUCGAAUCCGUCCUGAAGCGCCGUUUCUUCUUUACCGAGGCCUUUGAGAUCUAUCGACUCUCUCCAAACUUCAAAGGCGACAAUCGCGGCCUUUUUGACUAUGGCCCUCCCGGCUGUGCCCUGCAGGCCAACAUCGUGGACACUUGGAGAAAGCAUUUUGUGCUUGAAGAAAACAUGCUGGAGGUGGAUUGUACGGUGAUCACCCCGGAAACUGUGCUUCAAACGAGUGGCCAUGUAGAUAAAUUUGCCGAUUGGAUGUGCAAAGAUCCUAUAAAGGGUGACUAUCUAAGGGCGGACCAUCUCGUCGAAAACGUUCUCCAGGCGAGGCUAGCUCGAGGUACUCGUGGCCUUGUGAAAGAUUCACCCAAAUUGGACCAGACCACAAUUGAUAAGUACAACGACAUAUUAGCCAAGAUUGACAGCUACGACGGCGACGGCCUCACCGAUCUCAUCCAACGCCACGAUAUCCGAAACCCCGAAAACAACAACCUGGUCCUCCCACCUGUCCCCUUCAACCUCAUGUUCCGCUCCACCAUCGGCCCCAGCGCUGCCGCCCCCGUCUAUCUACGCCCCGAAACCGCCCAGGGCCAAUUCCUCAACUUCAAGAAACUGCUCGACUACAACCAGGGCGCCAUGCCCUUCGCCUCAGCCAGCAUCGGCAAGUCGUACCGCAACGAGAUCUCCCCCCGGACUGGUCUGCUGCGCGUACGCGAGUUCGUCCUCGCCGAGAUUGAGCACUAUGUCGAUCCCAAGAAGAAGCAGCACCCUCGCUUUGGCGAGGUCAGCACCUUGGAGCUACCGCUGCUGGACCGGGACACCCAGUUAUCCGGCCAGACCACGCCGCGGACCGUGUCGAUAGCGGAUGCGGUUGCGGCGAAGACCAUCGACAACGAAACGCUGGGUUACUUCCUCGGUAGGAUCUUUCUGUUCCUUCUCCGGCUCGGCGCGGACCGGUCCAAGAUCCGGUUCCGGCAGCAUUUGGCCAACGAGAUCGCGCACUACGCGACUGACUGUUGGGACGCCGAACUACUCACCAGUUACGGCUGGAUCGAGUGUGUGGGUUGUGCUGAUCGAAGCGCGUACGACUUGACGGUGCACUCGGCGUAUACCGGCACGCCACUGGUCGUCAAGGGGACGCUAACUGAGCCGAUUACGGUUGAGAAAUGGGAGGGUGUCCUCGACAAGAAGCGUCUGGGCCCUUUGUUCAAGAAGGAUUUCAAGACGAUUGAGUCGGCGCUCUAUGCUCUAGACCAGCUGGCGUUGGAGCAACUGGCUGCCAAAUUAGAGGAGACAGGCUCAGUAACCCUCAAGACCCCGCCCUUGUCGGAUCACUCCACGAGCGUCCAGCUUUCCAACGAGUUGCUCUCCAUCUCCAAAAUCACCCGCCUCCAAACCACACACGAGUACACCCCUAACGUGAUCGAACCAUCCUUCGGUAUCGGCCGCAUCCUCUACUGUCUCUUAGAACACGUCUACUGGAACCGUCCCGACGACCCCGCAAGAGCCGUCCUCUCCCUCCCCUCCCCCCUCGCCCCAACCAAAGUCCUCAUCGCCCCCCUCUCCACACACCCCCCCCUCCUCCACCUCGCCCAGCAACUCUCCGCCCGCCUCCGCCGUCUCGGCAUCGCCAACGUCAUCGACGCGUCCAGCGCGUCCAUCGGCAAACGGUAUGCGCGUAACGACGAGCUUGGCACGCUGUUGGGUGUUACGGUUGACUUUGAGUCGUUGCGUGAUGGGUCGGUUACGCUGAGGGAGAGAGAUGGGAUGGUGCAGGUAAGGGGGACGGAGGAGGAGGUUGUGAGGGUUAUUAGGGGGUUGUUGGUGGAGGGUGGUGAGGGGGAGCGGGGUGGUGAGACGUGGGAGGGGGUGGUAAGGAGGCUGGGGGUUUUUGGUUCGAAGGAGUAG